GCGCAAUCGAUUCACUAUAGCUCUCGCUGACAGGCAGCAAGACAUUCCCCACUCAGCCAGUGCACAGACUGUGUUUUUCGCUACUGUUUUGCAAGCGAAUUGUUCAGCUGUACCACAAUGUAUAUCUGCAGGGCUGCUUGGCAAAAAUGUGCUCUGCUGGCACGAAAUGCAGCAGCCCCUGUGCGGCAUAUGUCCUCUGGGGGUACCCCAGGUUCAGCAGGGGAUAACCUGAUGUACAUCAUCCUCUGUGGUGGGUCGUUUGCUGGCGCAGGAUAUUAUGUCUACAAGACUCUAACUACUGACUCAGCCAGGUUCCAGGACAGAGUCACAGAGAUCAACAGCAGACCAAAGUCAGAAUGGACACCAAAGCCAUGGUCAUCAAACAAGGAAGAUGGUAAGUACCUACAGUAUUUGAUUGUUGUGCGCCACUGAUCAAUAUAUUGCAUGUGGUUUAACUUCACUUAACAAAUUCAGUUUAAAGGUAGUCCCUUUGAAAGGCCAGUGGUAAACUUAUGCAAUACAUUCUUUACUUAAAAUGUGUGCUUACUGCUUCUCUGCUAAUUAAAAUGGGGUUUAUUGAGUUUGAUGCCAACUAAGCAUUUAGAUAUUCAUAACCCAAUUCUGAUUGACAGUGGUAGGUCUUUCAUUAGCUAGAAGCCCUAUAAUGCUUUAUGAACACCCUUCGUUUCUCUCCACAAUACUAGUUUGUAGACUCGAUUUAAGUUUAAAACUAAAAUGUCAAGUGAUAAAUGUAAUUAAUCUGUUUAAAAAUUAAUGCUUUGUAAAAAGGUAAAGUUUGUUUGUUUUGCUGCACAUUAGCUGCAUGUGUUUGCUGAUUAUUCUAAUGGAUGUAGGUAUUCCUUGCCUGUCUGACCACAUGCGUCGAUGUACCCUGUAAUGACAGACACAAGAAGAAACUUGUAGUAAAAAACAGAGCCUAAUCUGGGAAAUUCAACAAACCAGAACACAUCUGCAUCUUAAAGUUAGCUUAAAAUAAAUACUUUUAGAAUUUGGAGAAAUGUUCAUGAAAUGAAGCAACAAACACGACCACCUUAAUCAGAAUGGGGUUCGAUCCUAUAGACUAACUGAGCCUGUCCCACUGACAACAAGAGCACUGUUUGUUCUUUCCCUCUUUUCAUUCUGUCUGUCUCCUUACCUGUGUCACUGGAUACCAUACACCAGUCCAUACUGACUACUUAACUCAUUAAAAAGAGGGUCAGCACUCUAGUGUAAAUCCUUAUGGACUGCUAAUGCAUAUCCCUAAAUAUGCACAAUAACCACGUCCAUUUCUUGUAUUAGGAAAGCAAGGAGGGGCUUUCUUGUGUUAGGGAAGCCAGGAAUAUAUAUGUUUUCGUUAAUUGCAGCUAAACAUUAAGUAUAAGUUUGAGUAACAAAAAAAAUAAAAUAAAAGUCAGUCUCAACAACAAAUGUUGUCUUUUUCAAACAGCAAUAGUGAGAAUGUUGAGUUAAAAUUCAUGUAGGAUACCCUGUUUUUGUUGCUUAUAGUGUGAAAUAUCUCUUUAUUGGUUUUAUUAUAUGCGUCUGUGUGUAAUAUAUAUAUAUAUAUAUAUAUAUAUAAUAUAAAUGACUAAUUCUCACUCUAUUUUACACUUUCCAGAAUAAAAAUCAAGAAAGUUUUGGAUGACGAGGGCCUCUCGUGCUCUUGAAUGUGUUCAAGCUAGGAUUAUUUUCUGAAAACUAUUUUCUUUGUUUUUACGGUUGGCAUUAAGUUACCUUAUCAUAAACAAAAUGUACAGUUUUAUUUAUUUAUUUGUUUGUUUGUUUAUGUCAUGCUUAAGGUUAUCUGUUACUGGAAACCAAACAAUUGUCGUAAUGUUGGCCCUUGUCUGUAUGUGAUCCUUGUUUAGUUAUCUAAAAUCAAUACAAUAAACUGCGCAGACUGCAACUGUGUUUGUCGAUGCGUUGUUAGACUUAAUUUUUAGAUGUCCUGAUCGCUCAGAACUGAUGGUAAGCUGUGCCAUCUGUUUCUGCUUCUUGAUGUUUGUUGUCAUGUCUGGCCUAUUUUUUCCUUCUGGUUUCCUUUUCUGGAUUUCCAUAUGUCUCCUAACUGCACGCUAUAUUAACAUUUUUUUUAACAUUUAUUUUGUAUGCUUUUGAUUUAAUGGCAGAUGCUGCUUGCUGUCUAGCACAGACUCCACUAAAGUGAUGUUUGUAGCAGAAAGUAAAUCAACAUUUCUGUCACCUUAGUUAAGAAUUGCUGCUGCUAGGGGCUCCCGAGUGGCGCAUCCAGUAAAGGCGCUCCUCGCAGGAUGUGCCCUAUAGCCUGGAGAUCGCUGGUUCGAAUCCAGGCUAUGUCACAGCUGACCGUGACCGAGAGUUCCUAGGGGGUGGCGCACAAUUGGCUGAGCGCUGCCCGGGUAGGGAGGGCUUAGGUCGGCAGGGGAAUCCACGGCUCACCGCGCAUCAGCGACCCCUGUGGCCGAUAGGGCGCCUGUGGCUCUGCAGCGGAGCCGCCAGAUCUGUGUUGUCCUCCGGCACUAUAGGUCUGGUAGCAUUGCUGUGGAUCUGCAGUGCGAAAAAUGACGGCUUGGAAGGAGCACGUUUCGGAGGACGCGUGUUUCAGCCUCCGUUUCCUGAGUCGGCGGGGGGGUUGCGAGCGGUGAGCCGGGGAUACAGAUAAUAAUUGGGCAUGCUAAAUUGGGGUGAAAACCGGGGUAAAAAUAAUUGGCGACGACUAAAUUUAAAAAAAAAAAAAAAAAAAAAAAGAAUUGCUGCUGCUGGGGCUCCCGAGUGGCUCAUCCAGUAAAAGCACUUGCGUAGAGUGCAGGAUGCGCCCUAUAGUCUGGACGUUGUUGGUUCAAGUCCAGGCUAUUCCUUUGCCGACCGAGGACGGGAGCUCCCAGGGGGCGGCGCUCAAUUGGUCAAGCGCCGCCCGGCAGGAGGGAGAGUUAGGUCGGCCAGGGUGUUCUUGGGUCACUGUGCACCAGCGACCCCUGUGGUCUGUCUGCAGUGUGUAAAAAAGCGGUCGCUGACGUCACAUGCUUCGGAAGACAGCGUGUGCUCGUCUUCACCGCUCCCGAGUCAGAGUAGGGGUGGUAGUGGUGAGCUGAGCUAAACAAAAAUAAUUGGACACUAUUAAAAUUGGGGAGAAAACUACAAAAAAACGAAUUGGCAACUUCUAUAUUAAAAAUAAAUAAAUAAAUAAAAAAUUGCUGCUGCAACCACUCUGCACUGAUGUGAUCUCACAGCUAAGCUUUUCUGCCAUUCAUGCUCUUUGCAGCUGCUUUUUAAACAAUGUUGCAGUUGAUUGAAUGCUUUUAUUCACUCUGUGGGAGAGUAAUCAUCAAUAUUAAUAAACUAGUAGAGAUAGCUUAGUGGCAUCUACUGAGUUAAAGUUAUUUCUUGUUAAUUCUAAACAGUUAAAAUAGCUGUACUCUGUAGUCUUAGUUUAAAUAUGCAUAAAUAGGGGGGACAUUUUUGCACUUUCAAAUUGUAGGUUUUAUAUAUAUUUAAAAAAGUGAUUAUCUUAAAAACAAAAUGCAAUGAGGUAGCAAUAGUGAGCUUGUUUUAAAAACAUAUGAAUAUAUAUAUAUAUAUAUAUAUAUAUAUAUAUAUGUCUAAUGUUCUCUUUUUGUAUUUUAAACGAGACACAGAAUCAUAGCAGGGGAGGUUGGACGAUUUCUAUCUUUUUUUUUUUUUUAAUUUCUGAUUUGUAACACUGUAUUGUCACAUUAAAUGCAAUGCUAGAAUCUGAGGACUCUGGAGAGGCAGAGCCUGCUGAAGAGGCUGCACCGGAGCCUCUAGUAGAGGCUACAGUAGCAGAGGCCCUGGAGGAAACACAAGCCAAGGCCUCGGCUGAGUCCCCAAGCCCUGCAGAGUCUACAGAGGCUGGGUUAGCUGACACACCUGCAGCUGAGGAUGAAAUUUCAUCACUGGUGGAAGAAACUCAGGGACCCGCUCCCAUAGAGGCUGCCCCGGUCCAAGGUUAAUUUAAGUCUCUUUAUAAAAACAAAGGAACAAACAAAACUGGGCAACACUUUACAGUGAGUGCCAUGAAUUCACAUGCAAUUCCCUAUGAUUACCUAUUUUCAGUUCAUGAUCAAUUCCACACGUGUCCCUUUCCCAUUAUACAGGUAAUAUGCCAUUCUGGCUCUGAGAGGGUGAUAUUAACCGAUUGGUUCAACAGUUAUUCAUUGUAAAGUGUUGCCAAAACCAGUAUUAAAACCAGCCUCCCUGAAUCACAUCUACUACUUUUACUAAACACUGCUGCUGUUGCAUACUUGUAAACUGCUUACAUAUUUCUGUAUUUUACCUGUAUAUUCAUGUAAGAUAACUGUUUUAAUACGUUCCCCUUGUAACCCAAUUAUGGUAGACAAAGUUCUGCUUACCUGCUAGAGAUUACUUUAAAGUUACAAAGUAUAACAAUUUGAUCUUGCUUUGAAUGCAUUCCCUCAAGUAUAGGACAGACAGACAGGCAGACAUUUUUGAUGCGGUUUAACAGUUUAAAAACGUAAGAUUUGCAUUUCAUUUUAAAGAGGUUACAAUUUGAUGUAAUGCUAAUUUAUCAAUAAUUCUUAGUGUUCAGAAUUCUUAUACUACAAGUUUUCCCACACGCAUAAUGCAAGUAUCAUUGUCACAAUAUUGAUAAGUGUACAUGUCACAAUACAAAUUAACUUUCUAUAAUAUUACAGUACAAUAUUCCUUAUGAGACAGUCAUGUUAUACGGUAUAUGCAUAUACCUUUGUGUUCACACAUUGUUUUUAAAUUACUCCCUUAGUUUAAAAAUAAAAAAAUCUUAUUUUUAAAGAAAAAGCAUUUUUAAUCUGCAAGAAAUAUUAUAUGUUAAAUGCCAACCCAAAAUUGUAUUAUAACACAAAAUCAAUAAAAAUAACUUCAUUAACAAUUAUUUGUUAAAUACAAUUUGAUUGUGGUAUUUGGCAGGUAGGUAAGUCUUUUAUGAGUUCUACUUACAGUAAUUGUUUUUAAGAGAAUGCACCUUCUUAUGAACUAAAUGAUUAAAUAAGCUGACUGGGGAAA